AUGGGGGAACUCGGUGAACGCAGAGCCAGUUUGCUCAGCAACCCUGUCCCGGAGACCAAGACUUCAGGGGGGUCAGAGCGUGGGCAGAACAAUGGCGGUCUGGAGAAUGGUAGUGUGGGCCCCCAGAGCACGUCAUUUGACAGCCACUGGCUCCAGGGCUCCCAGGCCACCUCAGGGCUAGCAUCAGAAGACCCGGAGGAAGAUAUUCCCCAGGAAGAGGUGGCCGGGGAAGAGCUAGCUGAGGCUCCCAAUCCGGAUGGUGGUCGAGAGCUGGAGGUGGAAGUAGUUGAAAUGAGCCAACUGUCCAUCACUGAGCAGACUCCCAGCAUCUCCACAGCCAAGAGCAGGAGGAAAAAGAAGGGCCGGAGACUGCUGGAGCUGGCAAAACCCAAGACCAACUGGCAAUGCCUGAGAGACAGGAAGGGGUGCUGUUGUCAGGGCUAUGCCUGGAUUUCCCCACGUAAGAACAACCUGCAGUUCUGCCUGUAUUGGCCUUCUGUAUACUGGACCGAGCGGUUUAUCGAGGACACCACCUUGAGCAUCACAGUCCCCGAGGUAUCCCGCCGAGUGGAGGAGCUGUCGCGGCCCAAGAGGUUCUACCUGGAAUAUUACAACAACAACAGGACCACACCCAUCUGGCCCAUCCCUCGAUCCACUUUGGAGUACCAGCCUUCUAACCGGGUGAAGCAACUGGCUAUUCCUAAGGUCCGCAACAACAUCUGGAGCAUCGACAUGUCUGAGGUUUCCCAGGUGUCCAGAGCAGCCCAGAUGGCAGUCCCCACCCCACGGACCCUUAGCCUGGCAAAGCCCAGGCCCCCAGCCAUCCUCAUGGAAGAGUGGGACCCUAUGCCGAAACCCAAGCCUUAUGUGUCUGACUAUAACCGUCUCCUCCAGCUGGCAACUCCCAAGGCUCUGUCAGAGAAGUGUGUUCCUGACCGCAGCCCUCAGUGGGAGGUCCUGGAAGCCACCAAGAGAGCAGUGGCCAGUUCACGGAUCCUCUCCCUGGCCCAGCCUAAGAUCCGCAAGGACCUCAACGAGGGCUACAACCCGUACUACAUCUCUCCAGUCUCUCUGGUGGCCCAGGCGUCUCCUCGCAUUUAUGAGCUAGCCACCCCCAAAUUCAUCACCAAGAAAGUGUGACAGCCAGGCCCAACCUCCGGCCCACCCCCAGUAAACACCCAAGUGCAUCCUCACCUGUGUGCCUGAUUUGCUAAGCUUCGUGGCCUGGGCAUGGGCG